UAUGUUUGUGUGUUCCGCAGAUAUCAGGAUGUCUAAAGCAGCAGAGGAGGAGAAGCCUGGGGCUGAUUAUCCAGGGGACAGUUCAGACUCGGAUAGAAACAGCCCUGAUGGCCAGGUCCAGCCAAUGAAAACCAGCCCCUUUAGCCUCUCUCCAACACCGGCUGGCAGCAAGGUAAAACAUGAGGAGAGCUCUGAGAUGACCCACAUCACUGUUCCUCCUCCUGCUCCUCCCUCCCAACAACAACAACAACAACAACAACAGCAGCAGCAGCAGCAGCAACAACAGCAGCACCAUCAUACACAGCUAAUGCUGGCUGGCAGUCAGCUGGCAGGGCUUGCCGCUCUCCUCCCAGCCCAGCAGCAGCUGCUCCUCCAACAGGCUCAGGCUCAGCUCCUGGCAGCCGCUGUUCAGCAGUCCAAUGCGGCCCACGCUGCUCAUGCUGCGCAUGCUGCCGCGCAGCAACAAGCCAACCAGCAGCAGCAGAACCAGUCGCAGUCACAGCAGCAGCAGCCAAUCAAGCAGGAGCAAACCGUCCAGGCCCCACAGCUGGCUCUGUCGCAGCCAAUCCAGCUCACAGCACAGGACAUCCAGCAGCUGUUGCAGCUCCAGCAGCUGGUUUUGAUGCCUGGCCAUGCUCUCCAGUCUCCGGCCCAGUUCCUCCUGUCUCAGCCUGCACAGGCACAGCAGCAACAGCAGGGUUUGCUUUCGACACCAAAUCUGAUCCAGCUACCUCAGCAAAACCCUGGAGGACUUCUGACAACACCACCUCGCCUGAGUCUCCAAGCACACGUAAGAGAAUGUUUAAUGACGCAAUAACUCUCCGGCUUGACCCCCGGAGGCCAUGGAGGUCACCUGGGGGAAGAGCCCAGCGACCUGGAGGAGCUGGAGCAGUUUGCCCGCACCUUCAAACAGCGACGCAUCAAGCUGGGGUUCACACAGGGAGAUGUCGGUGUUGCUAUGGGAAAACUCUACGGCAACGAUUUCAGCCAGACCACCAUCUCCCGCUUUGAAGCGCUCAACCUGAGCUUUAAGAACAUGUGCAAGCUGAAGCCUCUGCUGGAGAAGUGGCUGAGUGACGCAGAAACUAUGGCAGUGGACAGCAUGCUGCCCAGUCCCUCCUCCAUCUCCUCCCCUCUACACGGACUGGAGGGUUUGCCCGGCCGACGCAGGAAGAAACGCACCAGCAUCGAGACCAACGUGCGAGUGGCCCUGGAGCGCAACUUCAGCACGAACCAGAAGCCUACCUCUGAAGAGAUCCUUCUGAUGGCGGAGCAGCUCAACAUGGAGAAGGAGGUGAUCCGCGUUUGGUUCUGCAACCGCCGGCAGAAAGAGAAACGCAUCAACCCCUCCUGCAGCACCACCCCUCCUCUGCCCAGCCAGACUUCACCCAUUGUGACGCACAAAACCUCCUGCUACAGCCCGCACAUGAUAUCGAGUCAGGGUCUGUCCCAGGUCACCACCAGCCUCAGCACAACAGCUGCCAGCUCAUCACCCACAGCAUCGUGCCCCAUGACACCUGUCAGCUCGGCUGCAGUCGGCUCCACCUCUUCUUCUGUGACCCCGCCUCCUCAUAGCACAGCCAGCCCCGCCCCUGCCAGCCUCGGGGCCCACGGGCUCAACACUGGGAACACAAUGAUGGGAGUAAGCACAGGGAUGAACCAGGCUCUCAUUGGCAGCAAUCCCCUGGCUACAAUGCAAGCUCUGGCAGCCAGCAGCGGUCAGCUGUCCCUCUCCAGCCUGGAGGCGGGAGCAGGUCACAUGCUUCUGGGUGGACAUGGCGGUCCUGCUGUCGCCGCCUCCCUCCGCCCUUCUCUCUUCCUCAACCGCCCCACUCUCCUCCCCAUGGUGACCGGCUCCAUGGCAACCGCCUCCACGGCCACCAUGGGACUGGUCAGCAGCAGCAGCGGUGGUCUUGGCGGCACCAGGCUCUCCUUCUCACAGUCUCCGCCCGCCGGUGCCAGCGUUGACCUCAUGAGCCCGACCUCUUGCCCCGAGGAGUCUCCGUGUUCGAGUCCCGCCUCUUUCUGUUCCUUCAGCGAAGCCUCGCCGCCGCCACUGGGCGGAGCCAUGGCCGAGUGAUUCCUGACUGACAGCCAAAGUAUCCUAACUGAAGAGGAGGACGGGGAGGAGCAAAGAGGGCAUUAAAGGAGCUUUAAAAAUCUAAAUUUACAAACUCGCCUUUCAACCAAAGCCAUCUCUCUGUCUGAUCCAUCUGUGAUUUCCUCUCUCUCUCCCCGCUGAUGUCCUCCGAAGCCAAAAAUAUACACAGAUGAACGCGGGGAGCAAAGAGAGAGAGAGAGGAUGGAGAGAAUAGAGAGAACUGCAGAAUGGAGGGGAGAAAUCUGAAACCAAAUAAUGAUCUACAGCUGGAGACGUGGCACUGAGGAGUGUUGUGUUUUUUUGUUUUGUUUUUUUGGCAUCAGGAGGAAACGAACACCACGCCUUUUUACGGCUGGAGAAGAAGAAUAAAAAAAACUCGAUGAGGGCAGGGAUGAGACCUGGAACUGUGUGUGCAAGAUGGGAGGCAAAAGAAAAAAAAACAGAAAAGGAAAAGACUUGUUUAACAAGCGCAGAGGGUCAGGAAGUUGGCUGCAACCAAAUUUUUAAAGAGAAAGAAAGAAAAGAUGCUCCAGGAGAAACACACCUACAAAGAUGAAAACCAAAAUCUCCAAAUACCAAAAACUGAAAACCAAAAAAAGACAAAAAAAAAACAAUAAACGGAGAGAAAAGCUUUAGUUCAAAAAGACUUUUACAUUCUGAUCUGUCCAGGGUCAGUUCACCACUUCAUACUACGUCAUGCCAAACAUUCUCCAUUUCACUCAGGAUUUCUUUUUUUGUUUUAUUUUCUUUUAGCAAAUAGUUUAAUGUUUCACAGCUGAUCACACAUGCAGGGUAAAUACCUACCUCUCUCUAAACAGCUUUACCACCAUAAGCCUACCUGUCGUGACAACACUGUGUUCGCUUUAUUCAGCCUGGAGUAGCAGACGGGUGGAGUUUACCACUAUAAUCAAUAUAAUGUCGGGUUAAGAUGCCGAUCCUCACGUACUUGUCGUAUAAAUAUAACUUUACAAAGCUUUACCAUGUAUGCCUCAGAUCUGUGGUGUUCAUUCAUUCAAAUUAUGUGGCAGAAUCCACUCGUCCGGCACAUACACAGGUUAAAACCAACUAUACACGUGGGAAAAAUCUGAUUUUUAUCGUAUUUUUUAAGUUAAAACUGGUCAAAUUAGUUUUGUGUGAAACUUAUUUUAGGUUCCAAACAAGUAUUUCACCAUUUUUUAAUUUCUCAACACUUGCACAGUAUUUAUACUGUUGACAAAGAGGAAAAACACCCCGCACACACACAGAUGUGGGGGCUUUUCAGUAUUAUUUGCCUUUCUUUUAUUUAUUAUCACCCCAUACCAUUGUCAUGUCAUUUUCCAGACCGCUCAUCUACCACCAGACAGUCACUCUUGGAUACCAAAGCAUCGCCUCUGGCAGCGUUGUCUCUGGAUUUGCCCGGGAGACGAGUGUCCAGACAAACCUCAGCAGUGUCAAAGGGAGAAGGAAAUACACACAUAUACACACACACACACACACACUACAGGCAUAAGAAAGACUCCAAACCAAAAAAAAAGAACAAAAGAAAGAGGUGAAGCACUGGCGUUCCCCUUACUGCCCCCAAACCCCUGCCCUCCAUCCCUCCCUCCCAUCUGCCCCCAUCCUUUGUCUCCAAAGAUCACAUGAAAGGGCCAAAAUGGAAGAAGAAGAAGAGGAGAAGGAGAAGUGGUCAGGAGCAGAGGAACCAAAGGUUUAAAAAGCUGCAGGGGAAAGAAAGAAGAAGAAAAAAAAAAGGAGGAGGAAGAGGAGCAGGAGGAGGUAAAAACCAAAAAGUAACCCAAAAACCAAAAGCUACUACUACUGCUAUGUAUCAGUGACUGAACUGUAACUAAACCAAAUACAAACAAAGAAGGGGAGAAGAGGAGGGAGUAAGGUCGUGUCUGUCCGUUUGUCUUUAACUGUGAUUGCCGUUCUCGUAUCGACAGACAGAAAUCGUUCCCUCCCUCCCUCUGCCGCCCACCUCGGCUUUGUUCUCACUUUCUUUUCUUUCUUUUACCUGGAUGGAUAAAAAUAUGGAAUAACCUCAACGAAAACUGACUUUGAGAGUAUAUAUAUUUUUGUUUUUGCUUUCCAUAGUGUGUCUGUUAACGAUGUAUGGAUUUGUCUCAUUGCUUUCUACUUAUUAAGCGUCGGGCGGGAAAGAGGGAGGCGGGUGGCGGGGGCCGGGGUAACGUGUUGCCUAUUUUCAUAUCUUCUUGUCUCUUCGGUUGUGCUCUGGGUUUUUAUUCAACUUCAGUUAAGUUCGGACAUAAAUGUGAAAAUGUAGCUUCCAAGAUUAAAAAAUAAUAAUAAUCCAGAGUGUUGUGUGAAAAAGCCAAAACUGAAAACCAAAAGCAAAACCUUUUAGACCGUAUGACCAAAUAGAACAACCAAACCAAUGCACAAAGAUGUAGGAGUGUGUGUGAGUGUGUGUGUGUAUGUUUACAUACCGUAUAUGUAUCAGAGCGUGUGAUUAUGUCAGUGUAAAGAUAAUUCUUACAAACCAAAUAACAAACCAAACCAUAACAAAACGACA